GCUGUGGAAAACCAAAUGAAAUCUAUCAAACCGAGCUGGUCUUUUCGGUUUCCUAUUCAUUUCAUUCUGUCCCCACAAUUCGGCCUACAAACAUCUAAAUUUGUUGUUCAGUUUCAAAUUAUUUUUUGUUCGGUUUUUUUAACGGAUCAAUCAUGUGUUGCGGACCUUGUGGACCUUGCUGUGGACCCUGCGGUCCUUGCUGUGGACCCUGCGGACCUUGUGGUCCUUGCUGCGGGCCUUGUGGACCUUGUUGCGGACCCUGCGGCCCUUGUUGCGGACCCUGCGGGCCUUGUUGCGGACCCUGCGGCCCUUGCUGCGGACCUUGCGGCCCUUGGUGCUGACCUGGUUACAAUGUUAGCCUUGGAAGAUGGCUUCAAAUAUAAAACAGAGAAGGUCCUGUGACUACAUCAGAAAUGCAUCCUAUAUGCAUCUUAAAUGACACCAUCUGAAUCCAUUGUCACCCUAAACCGUUCAAAACAGUUUGAAGCAAAUCAACAAUAAAAAAAAAAAGAAUAUUUAA